AUGCCAUCCCCUGUACCGUUCAGGAUCUCCGUCCCGCGAGAUGCGCUCGAUGCCGUCAAGCAGCGUCUCGAGACCGCAACACUGCCGCCGCCCGCGCCGUCGAGCGACAACCCGUGGAAAUAUGGCGUGCCCAGUGCAGAUAUAGCUCGCAUCGUUGAGUUCUGGAAGACGAGCUACGACUGGCGGAAGGCAGAAGCAGCUUUGAAUGAUGACCUUCCGCAAUUCACACUUCCUAUCACGGUGCGCGACCACGGGAUGUUCCAGGCGCACUUUGUACACAAACGCGCGAACGAGGUAGAAGGCAGGAAGGGCAUACCCUUAUUGUUUAUCCAUGGAUGGCCGGGCCACUUUUGCGAAGUGCGAAAAGUCCUGCCCAUGCUCACUAAUCCGGAGAACGAAAAUGAUGUUGCUUUUGACGUUGUCGCUCCAAGCCUUCCCGGCUUUGGCUAUACGAGUGCCCCAGAGAAGGGUGGAUUCGCGCUCGUUCAGUAUGCCGAGUUCUGCCACAAUUUGAUGAUCAUGCUUGGAUAUGACAAGUAUGUCAUUCAGGGCGGAGACUGGGGCUUUCUCAAAAUUGUUCAUCUGUACGGACCCAAGCAUGCCAAAGCAUGGCACACGAACUCCCCAGUUGCCGGUCCUCCGACGUUCAAAGCUUUCCCACGUCUCUAUCUUACUCACAUGACGACACCCUACACUGAAGCAGAGAAGAAAGGCCUGCAGCGCACAGCGUGGUUUGGUCAACAGGGCCAGGGUUACAUCGGGAUCCAGUCCACUAUGCCCCAGACACUCUCGUAUUCCCUGGCAGACUCACCUGUCGGCCUUCUCGCGUGGAUCUACGAGAAGCUCGUGACAUGGACAGAUGACUACCCGUGGACCGAGGAAGAAGUCUUAACGUGGAUUCAUAUAUACCUCUUUUCUCACACUCAGUCAACGUCAUCUGCUGCAACUUCUGUGAGAAUAUACUACGAAGUUAUCCAGUCGGGCGACAUGCGACUUGACAAGCCGGGUAAUCCGCAGCUUUACAACGGCGCGGUACCCUUGGGAAUCAGUAUUUUCCCGCAGGAGAUCGUUGUGCCGCCCAGUCUGUGGCACCGUACCCUCGGCAAUGUCGUGUACUCUGCAAGGCACGAGAGCGGCGGGCAUUUUGCGGCCUACGAGCGACCGGGGCCGCUGGUUGCGGACAUUCGAAACACAUUCAAGUUGCCCAUUGUGCAGUCUGCAUUUUCAAAGUAA